GGGGCGGGGGGAGGAAGUGCAGCGAGUGAUUGGGCGAGUAAGGCAGUGAACAAGUGAGUCAGAGACAGAGUGGAGGGGAUAACCAUCUCUGAGAGUGAGAGAGCUUCAAAAGAGAGAGAGAGAGCGAGGAGGGGGAUAACCAUCUCUGAGAGUGAGAGAGCUUCAAAAGAGAGAGAGAGAGCGAGGAGGGGGAUAACCAUCUCUGAGAGUGAGAGAGCUUCAAAAGAGAGAGAGAGAGCGAGGAGGGGGAUAACCAUGUCUGAGAGUGAGAGAGCUUCAACAGGCAUUUAAAAACAGUUGCCGGCAGACGAACAGAACAUCCAGACGUUCUGAAGCUUUUACCUUCAUCUGACCUCGGCCUUAAAGAUCCUGAGGAACUGUGUGAAGCUCUGCUCUUCAUAGACCCUGCUGCUGCUGCUGCUGCUGCUGCUGCUGCUGCUGCUGCUGCUGAGCUGGAUCUGGAUCUCCUGCCCCUGUCGGUCCUUUGACAGCAUCAGGUGCACUUGAACUUUGCGAACUUGAUCCAGACGAGCAACUGGUUCCAAACUUGCUCUUUCUCAGUGCUCUUGAAGAACGAAAGAAUUGUUGUUGGAAACUCUACUGGUAUCAAGUUCUCUCUGGGCUCUGGGCUGGUACCAGGAGCUUUUUGGAUACUUACGGCACUGAAGACUUAAGUGGACGCUCUGUCAGACCUUGUUGGGAAACUUUACUGGUGGUAAAACCUCCUCAUCUGAGCCGCUCGACCAGUUUCAAAUUUUUCGGAUUCCGGAUCCAGAGCUGGGUUGUGUUUUGAGCAGUAUGGUGGCGGGUCAGAGUCCCAUCUGCCUGCUGCUUCAGAGGAUUAAGUCAGGAUGUCCUGUAGAGUUCAGCAAAGGGAACAGUGACAUGGGGAAACAGGUGGAGGAGCCCAGCACCAAGCGCAGUAAACCUGUCUCCAGGGUGACGUCUCUGGCCAACCUGCUGCCGCCCGUCAAGACCGCGCCGCUCAAGAGGAUCAGUGAGACGCUGCAGCGCUCCAUCAGUUUUCGUAAUGACAGUCGGACAGAGAGAGCUGCUCCUCCUCCUCCUCCUCCACCUCCUCCUCCCUCCUCCUCCUCCACGAUGAAGACGCGUGUUAUCUCGGCGACGCUCUCCGUCCCCUCCUCCUCUGUUACUGCAACCCGGGGUCCCACGGCAACGGCCCCAGCCGCCAAGCGCCGGGACAGCAAACUGUGGAGCGAGACGUUCGAUGUCCGACUGGGGGCGACACAACCUCUGAGCCCAAAAGAGAUAAAACGACAGGAGGCUAUAUUUGAGUUGGCUCAGGGCGAGCAAGACCUGGUGGAGGAUCUAAAAUUGGCAAAGAAGGCUUAUCGUGACCCGAUGAUGAAGCUGUCAAUCAUGACCGAGCAGGAACUGAACCAGAUCUUUGGCACCUUGGAUUCGCUGAUACCGCUGCACGAAGCUCUGCUCGGUUGCCUCAGAGAAGCCAGAAAACCUGACGGCUCCACAGAACAUGUGGGACACAUCCUGACUGACUGGCUACCCUGUCUCUCCUCCUACACCCCGUACUGCAGUAACCAGGUGAAGGCCAAGGCCUUGUUGGACCAGAAGAAGCAGGACCGGCGGGUGCAGGACUUCCUGCAGCGCUGCCUCCAGUCGCCCUUCAGUAGGAAGCUGGACCUGUGGAACUUCCUGGACAUUCCCCGCAGCCGGGUGAUGAAAUAUCCACUGCUGCUCAGGGAGAUCCUGAAGCACACAGCCAACGACCACCCGGACCAGCAGCACCUGGAGGAGGCGAUGCUGAUGGUUCAGAGCGUGGUGGCCGACAUCAACAGGCGGACGGGGGAGUCGGAGUGUCAGUCCUUCAAAGAUCGUCUGUUGUACGCGGAGGUCGGACAGAGGAACGAACUCAUCGACCGGUCCAGGACCCUCAGCUGCCACGGAGAACUGAAGAACAACAGAGGACUCAAGCUUCAUGUCUUCCUGUUCCAGGACGUCCUGGUCAUCACCAGGUCCGUCUCGCUGAACGACCACCCGGUCAGCUACCAGCUCUGCCGCCAGCCAAUCCCCAUCCGGCAGCUGGACCUGGAGGACCUAGCGGACGGAGAAAUGAGAGUGGGCGGGUCCAUCAGAGGGGCCUUCAGCAACAACGAGCGCACAAAGAACUUCUUCCGGGUUUCAUACCGCGCCGGAGGUCAGCUUCAGAGCCACAGCUUCCAGGCCAGCGACGCCUUCAACAAGCAGCAGUGGAUCAACUGCAUCAGACAGGCCAAGGAGGCCGCGGCGCUGACCGGAGACCAGCCACCACAGACGGCACCGUGUCCGGAGACGGGACUGGGGGGACAGAUUGGGCCACUUGGUGGGACAGCGCUGAGUUUGCAAGGGGAUUCAGGGAAUGAAGAUGAAAAGGGGAUGUGGGGGCAGUCGGGGCUGGGUUUGGAGGGAAAGGAGGGUCUGGGUGGAGGGAAAGACUUAAAAAAUAGUUUAAGUAAAGAGGAGGGGUCAGGUUUGUCUCAGGAAACAAUGAGGGGUAAGGAGAUGGAGACGGGUUUGGCUGUGGAUGGUGGGACAGGGUUCGAAUUAGAUGGAGAAAGAGGGAUGAAGAGUGAGACGAGGCUGACGGUCGGUGAGACAGGGACAGGUGAGGUGGCGACAGGGCAGGGUCUCUGUGAUGAGCCGGGGGCCAGAGCAGACUGGAAGAUAGAUGGAGGAAGAGGAGGAGAAGGAGCGACUGUCAGCGAUGAUGUUCCCACCUUCCUCCUCUCCCCUGCUCCUCCACCUGAAGAGGAUGAGGAUGUGAUGGGCGGGGAGCGGAGUGACCCUAAGGAGGAGGAAGAGGUCGGCAUGGAAACUAGCGAGGGGGACUCCAUGGAGGAGCUGUCCCUCAGGUGCUGAUACGAGGACCAGACAAAAGAAGGAAUGGAACAGCAGCCAAUCAGACAAAGGACUUAAUAAUGAUGUCAAAGACAACAAUCAAACAAUCAAGUUGUUAAGACACGUUAACCACACGGCACCUGCUGUAUCCUGACUGCUGGUAAGCAUGGGAACCACUUACUCUGGACCACUGGGCCCAUGUUCUGCAGCUGCACCAUCUGCACGGGUGAUUUAAUGAGAAGUGGACGGUGCCCCAGACAUCCCAGUGAAAGUUGUUCACCAGGCACAUGCUGCAAAAACAUUGUUCAGGCUUCCUCAGGUUGUUCGCUGUAACUUCCCUCAGACUCCACACACACACACACACACACACACACACACACACACACACACACACACACACACACACACACACACACACACACACACACACACACACACACACACACACACAUGAAGAAUAAAAAAACAUUUACUAGAGACUUGAAUGUUCAUUGGACUGAUUUUUCUCAAAUGCUGAAUAUGAAAAAGUAGAAACUGGAAUGUUUGUGAUGCUCAGAAAAUGAAUUAAUGGUUUCAUUGCCUUUUGAAAGGAUGCAUAUGCUUGGGGGGGGGUGUUUGCCUGUUACUGGCCUUCACAUGACCUGCAGUUCCAACUGUGGCCACAGAAAUCCCAGAUCACCGCUGUUGUUCAAGGGUCGACCUUUAGUUGUCUGCUGCUGUUUCCCACAUCUCUGGCACCAUGUUAGAGGAUGCUCAGAGGGGGGAGAGCGGUUAGCACUGUUGCCUCACAGCAAAAAGGUUUGAAUCCUGCUUCUUUCUGUGUGGAGUUUGCAUGUUCUUCCUGUGUGUGCUCCCAAACUCCAAACACAUGCAGAGUCAUUACGUUGACUGUGUGAAUGUGACAGAGACUGGUUGUUGUUGACAUGACUGUGAUUGGGAACUCCGCCUCUUGCCCAACGUCAGCUGUGAUUGGCUCCAGCUCCCACCUGCAACCCUCAUGAAGAUUAGCUGUAUAUAUAAUGGAAGGAAGAUAUUAUAGAAAGUUGACUGUGUGAAUGAUUUUAGCGACAAUACUGCUCAACACUAACUUCCAAUCUGUGUUGUAGAGAUUUGGUUAAUGCAGACAAGAGCUGUGUCAGUAACACAAACCCUUUUUUUUUUUUAUCCAAAACCUCUAUCGUCAAUUUUAAGGAUUUAUUUAAAAAAUAAAUGUAGGGUCAGUUAAGAAUUAGAUUCUUUUACAUUUGUUCUGUUUCUAAAACUCCUGUAAAUGUCAGUUCACUAAAUAGUUUAAUUGUUCAAUCAUCACUGGAUUUUUACUUUUCACCAUCUAUCACUAGUUUUUUCCACAAUGUUCUGAGAUCCUCCUGCAGUUGUUUUUGUUUUUUAUAGAAAUCAGAGAAGUCCUGAGGGAGGAGCCUUUUGUGCUUGUACAGUAUUUAGUGUAUGUAAAGAUAGUAUAUAAAGUGUGUCUAUAUGUGAAUGUAGGAACAAAGCCAAGCAUGUCUGUUUGUUAUAUAUAUGUGCUUACACAUGACAUGCUCAAUUUGAAUUAUAAUGUCCGGACAAUCACUUUGACAUUAUGUCAGGAUGAUGAUGAUGAUGAUGAUGAUGAUGAUGAUGAUGAUGAUGAUGAUGAUGAUUAGUCAACCAGACAAUGACCAAUAUUCAGAAGCAGGUUAUUUGCACAUCUCAGACAGGAUUUAAACUUGUGCACACUGUCAGUUUCUUUUUCAUUCUGUUUUAUUCUGUAUUCUGAAAAAAGAUAACGAUGUUAUAUUUAGCUGACGUAUCAGCUACUGUUUGGAUUGUCAUGAAACCAAAGCAUCAAAUAAACUAUUUCAAAAGAA